GUCAUCAUGGGUUCAAACACUGAGAGACCUGACUUUUCCAAUGAGUUUGUGAUUCAUCGUAAUCGUCUCCCAACACGUGCAUAUUGGAUCCCUGAAGACGCCAUUGUUUUGAACGGAAUUUGGGACUUCCACCUUGCACCGACCCCCUUCCACCAGGUCGACGAAUGGAAAUCUAUCCAGGUCCCAGCCCACUGGCAAUUGCAAGGAUACGGCAAGCCUCAUUAUACGAACGUGCCUUAUCCAUUCCCGAUUGAUCCACCCUUUGUUCCGACUGAGAACCAAGUGGGGACAUACAGAAGACGAUUUAACAUCCCAUCGGAUUGGGAUCGGUCAUCUCAGAUACGACUCAGGUUUGAUGGGGUCGACAGUGCCUUCCAUCUUUUCGUCAAUGGCAAUCAGGUUGGCUAUAGCCAGGGGAGCCGGAAUCCUGCCGAGUUCGAUAUUACCAACUACAUUUUCUUGGAGCGGGACAACGAAGUUACUGUGCGAGUAUAUCAAUGGUGCGAUGGCAGCUAUCUCGAAGACCAGGAUCAAUGGUGGCUAUCUAGUAUCUUUCGAGAUGUCCAUCUUUUAGCUUUCUCGGCUACGGCCAGAAUUGAAGACUUCUUUGUUCAAACCUGGCUUGAUGAAAAAUAUGAAAAUGCAACCUUGAAGAUUGGUCUUCAACUCCACCUUGAGGAGGAAUGCAGCAUCGAGGUCAAGGUUCGGGAUCACGACGACUCUCUCGUUCAACACGCGACCCAGACAGUUCCAGCCGGUCGUGAAAGCUUGGAGGUGGAAUUGCCAUUCUUGGCCCCCAAGAAGUGGACUGCAGAAACCCCAUAUCGCUACAACAUGGAUCUAAUCCUCAUAUCCCCGAAUGGCAACAAUCAAACGAUCAAGCAAAAAAUUGGAUUUCGGCAAGUGGAACUCCGCAAUGGAAACAUCACAGUCAACGGAAAAGCCAUUUUGUUUCGCGGUGUCAAUCAUCAUGACUUUCACCCCUUAAACGGGCGCGCGGUGCCGCUGGAAUUCUUGAAGAAUGAUCUGAUUCUAAUGAAACAGCACAACGUCAACGCUGUUCGAUGCUCUCACUACCCAUCCCAUCCAAAAUUCUACGACUUUUGUGAUGAGAUCGGCUUGUGGGUAAUUGACGAGGCCGAUCUCGAAUGCCAUGGCUUCAUUCGCGGGGACGUUGAUAUGAAGAACGUCCCUGAGAGUGUUUGGCGAGAAAACGGCUCAGAAUCCAUUGAGGAGUACCUUAGCCCAGUUCUGGCGAAGUACACUAGUGAUAACCCAUCAUGGCGCGAAGCGUACUUGGAUCGGAUUACCCAGAUGCUUCAACGCGAUAAGAAUCACCCAUCCAUCAUCAUCUGGAGCUUGGGCAACGAGGCCUGGUAUGGAUGCAACCAUGUCUCCAUGUCAGAAUAUGCCAAAAAGCACGAUCCAACUCGCCUUGUCCACUAUGAAGGCGACAGAAAAUCGAAGACUGCAGACAUGUGUUCAUUCAUGUACGUGGAGCUUGAAAAUCUGGAGCGAAAAGCAUUAGCCGAGGGCGAUGAGUUCGACAAGCCUGUCAUACUCUGUGAGUAUGGAAUGGCAAUUGGAAAUGGACCUGGAGCACUAGAAGAGUAUCAGCAAUUGUUUCACAAAUAUCGACGCUUGCAAGGAGGCUUCAUCUGGGAGUUUGCCAAUCUUGGACUAUGGAGGGAAGACAAAAGCUAUUUCGCUUACGGAGGCGACUUUGGAGACUUCCCACAUGAUGGUACUUUUGCUUUGGAUGGACUUUGUCAGUCUGACCACUCUCCAGGACGUGGCAUGGUGGAGCUCAAAAAGGCGAUCGAACCUGUCAAACUUUUCAUCCAGGAUGGGCAAAUUGUGUUGCAAAACUUGUUCGACUUUGAUUCUCUGGAAACUCUGUCUGUCGUCAUUCAAAUAUGUACAUUCGAUGGCCAUGAGCAGCAAACAAUUAUCAUGGAUCGCAAGCCUUGUCCAAAAGUGCAGCCUUCUAAAACAGCCACCAUUUUACUCCCGGGGCUUCCAACUCUCCCAGAAAAUAUUCUGGAAUGCUGGGUUACCGUGAGCCUUCAGAUAUCCCAACCUACAUUAUGGGCAGAAACGGGCCAUGAAGUCGCGUGGUGCCAAUCCUCGCUCUCGGAGCACAAACAGCCAAGCAUUCCGGCCACAGUGCAGCAGGAUUUGUCGAUUCAAAUUCAAGAAACAAUACCUUCAUAUUACGUGACUGGCUCUAAAUUCUCCAUCGAGUUUGAUCGAAUCCGGGGUCGCCUGGCAGGCUGGACGAUGCAUGGCCAGAAAUUGUUCACAACAGCACCAACCUUUGCAGCCUGGCGAACGCCGACAGAAAAUGACACGAAGUACGACGCUGAACGAUGGGGUGCCUACUCUCUUGACAACCUACAACAACGGGUGAUCUCCAUCUCUUUGCAGUCCUCAGAUAAGGACAGCGUUCAGAUUACUGUUCAGGCCUACAUCGGAGCUGUUAUACGAGACUGGGGAUUUACGAGCACCAUUGUCUACACAAUCUAUGGGGAUGGUACAGUUGUAAUUUCUCACAACGUUCGUCCUCGUGGCUAUCAUCCGAAAAUACUUCCUCGCUUAGGUCUCGAUAUGCAGCUACCCUCCGAUUUCGCGUCGGUAAAUUGGUUUGGCUGUGGACCCGAGGAAUCCUAUGCUGAUAAGCGCAACUCCCAAAAGCUCGGUUUACAUAGCCGUACCCCGGAUAAUCUCUUCACGUCUUAUGAGUAUCCACAGGAGAAUGGAAAUCGUGCGGGCACACGCUGGCUUCAGCUCACGAACAGCGAGGGUGUUGGGUUCGUGGUGACGCGAGUUGAUGAUGCUGGGACGACAUGGGGGGAGUUCGACUUUGCGGCACUGCAUUACAGUGGGAAAGAUAUUGCCAAAGCGAACCAUCCAACAGAAUUGGAGAGGAGGGAAGACGUCUUUCUUCGGUUAGAUGCUGCACACGCAGGACUGGGAACUGCGCGGUGUGGCCCUGGUACACUGGAAAAAUACCAGGUUCCAUGUAAGGAGACUAGCUUUGCAUUUUCUUUUAGUCCCCAGGUGCCUUAUUUGUAA